AUGGCUGAACACUAUGUGGAGAUGAUUCACAGCUUUGUUUUAGUGAACGUACCUAGUUUCAUAAGUGCAGUAUGGACUGUCGCUCGUCCUUUAUUACCCGAGAAAACUCGUCUCAAAGGCACGCACCUCUCGUGGGAGCUUCAUGCGAACGGCCAUUUCUCAUUCACAAUCUACGAGGUAAACAAAGACGAGGAAACCGAUGAUCUCAGUAAGAUGAAGAUGUUGUAUCCGCUUUUCAGUAAGGUCCCAGGACCAACGAUGGUACCAUUCGGCGAUUCUCUGCCAGUAGAAAAAACUGGAGUGUACAGGUUCUGGUUUGGAAACCAACAUGCAUGGUUUCACACACUUAGGGUUCAUCACAUAAUCAAAAGCGAAAAAUAA